GGAAGUGUUUUUAUUACUGUCAGCGUGCACAUCAGCUGAUUUCAAUGAGAGUAUUUUUACUGAAUUCAGCGUUUUCAACAACUUUGUGUAUCACGGGAUGCUGAAAUAUAAAGGCUUUAAAACUGCACUGGCUGUACUUCAUGCAUUUGGCAAUUGUGAUGUAUGACAUGAAAUAAAUGGCAUUUUAUCAUUGGGGAUCAUAAAUGAGCUGCUAAAUCGACAUUUUGCAAGUGAAGACGAGAUGGAUCAUGAUGAGGAGACCAGACCACUCUUGGUCAAUGACGAACAAAGAAUAGAGGACAGAGCAGAGCAGGACUCAUAUUUGGAUAAAGUUAGAAAUGGGAAGUUGUACAUUGCCACAUUCGCAGCAGUUCUGGGACCCCUUAGUUUUGGGUUUGUGCUGGGCUACAGCUCUCCUGCUAUACCAGAACUCUGCAGAAUCCAAGACCAAAGACUGCAGCUCAGCACAGAAGAAGCUUCCUGGUUUGGGUCUGUAGUGACAAUUGGUGCUGCAUUGGGUGGCCUCAUGGGAGGAUGGAUUGUGGACAGGAUCGGGCGAAAGUUGAGCCUGAUGUUCUGUGCAGUACCAUUCAUCUUUGGGUUUACUACCAUUAUCGCCGCUCAGAACCACUGGAUGCUUUACGUGGGCAGAGUGCUCACUGGUCUGGCCAGUGGAGUGACUUCUCUUGUUGUACCUCUUUACAUCUCUGAAAUGGCUCAUGAGCGUGUUAGGGGCACUAUGGGAUCCUGUGUACAACUUAUGGUGGUGACGGGCAUUAUGGGUGCCUAUAUAGCAGGUUUGUUCCUGGAUUGGCGCUGGUUAGCCAUCACUUCCUCCAUCCCUCCCACACUGAUGCUGGUGUCUAUGUGCUUUAUGCCAGAGACACCACGGUUCCUGCUCUCCCAGGGGAAGAGGAGAGAGGCAGAGGAGGCUUUGCGCUUUCUCAGGGGCCCUGAUGCCCCAGUAGAUUGGGAGUGUGCCAGAACAGAGGAAGCGUACAAAAAUGAAGAGCAGAGCUUCAGUUUGGCUGAUCUGAAGGACCCUGGUGUCUAUAGGCCGUUGGGGGUGGGCAUUAUGAUGAUGCUCUUCCAGCAAUUUACCGGCAUUAACGCUAUCAUGUUUUAUGCAGAGACUAUUUUUGAGCAGGCUCAUUUCAAAAGCAGCGAUGUGGCCACUGUAAUUGUGGCUGCCACUCAGGUGGUCUUCACCGCUGUUGCUGCCGUUGUCAUGGACAGGGCUGGACGGAAAGUUCUCCUCAUCUUGUCUGGUGUCACCAUGUGUAUUAGUGAAGCAGUGUUUGGGGUGUAUUUCAAGUUGACUGUGAUGAAGCAUACUAACUCUUCGCUACUGAGUGUACUAACAGAUGCUCAGGGUCCUCUGGCUGAGCAGCCCCAUACAGACCUGGCCUGGCUUGCUGUGGGAAGCAUGGGCCUUUUCAUUACAGGCUUUGCUCUUGGCUGGGGUCCUACUCCAUGGCUGGUGAUGUCAGAGAUCUUUCCCACACGAGUGAGGGGAUUGGGCAGUGCUUUGUGUGUGCUUACCAACUGGACCUGUGCCUUCAUUGUCACCAAGACCUUCCAGAACCUCAUGGAUCUCAUAACCAGUGCAGGAACAUUCUGGAUGUUCUCAGCACUGUGUGCACUCAAUGUCAUCUUCACUGCUGUCUUUGUCCCUGAGACCAAAGGCAAAACUCUGGAGGAGAUUCAAGCCCAUUUCAAGGGAACUCGGCAACACUAAACAAGUUUUCUCCUAGAAUUAUUGUAAUUAAUGAACUAGUUGCAUUAACCUGCUGGAAUUCUUGCAUGAUGUUUGACAUUGAGUCAAUGUUUACAGAUCAAAUAUGUAUGCAUAUUUGAUCAAUAACAUCCCUGUUGUCUUAAUGUUGAUUUGAUAUUGAAUCAAUGUGCAGUGGCUGAUGUGAUACGUUUCAGGCAAUGUUCAGGAAUUUUAACAAAUGACUGUUAUUCACAUACUGUUACUGUUGAUGCACCAAUUUUAUGUUGUCUAUGUAAUUCUUUUAAUUGGUUUGAACAGAAUGUGCAUGGACAACUAUUGAUUUGACACACACUGUUUGAUGGAAAUCCAGUUUACAUAAGCUUCAUUCACAAUAUAGUUUUCAAUUUCUCAAUUUUUUUUCUGUAUCAAGGCAGUAACCUUACUUUUUUAAAAUAGAACAAUCAGAUUUAAUUAAUACACAUCUCAUAUUCUGUAGAUGUAUUGUUAUAAACAUAAUAUAAGCUGUUUAUUGCCACUUGUGUGUGCUUUCAUACUUCCAUAUGUCAACUAAACUUUUUUCUAACCUCAAAAAUGCACCUGCCUAAAAUUCCUGUGUGUGUGCGUGUCCAUCCCUUACUCCAUUCAAGGAGCUAGCGAAAUUAAAUGGGACUGUCAGAAGGCACAUAAUGCUUCUAGUAUUGAGUCUGUGGUACAAUGAUACAUUAUUGUGUAAUUACAACAAGGAAGAACAAUAACAGUAAUGCCAAAGUAGAUGACAUGCCAAAUAAGAUUUUUAAUUAAAAAGGUGUUUUGUAAGAGAUUAUUUUGAAUAUGCAGAUGAAUGAAACCUGAUAAAUCGAACAAGCCCAACACUGUGAAAACUUUGACAAGGAUCUUUCCUAAUUUUUACUCAAAAUAAAUUCAACUUUCUUGGUGCCCUCAGAA